GGAGAAUCAGCCUCAUUCCUAAAACGUGUCAGGGUCCGCUUCCUAUUAUUACGCACUACCAACGUUUUUGCCUACCACAUCCAUCGUCAAAAGGCAGACAGCAUAUUGUCUGCAUUCAAUAAGGCUAAACUAACGACCAUCACGAUGUCAGCUACAGCUCGCGCAGAGGCCCGUCGCAAAGCUAUCCUCGGCAGAGGAACUGACCGUCUGUCGAAAUUGACGACGACUGCUCGUGGAGAAGAUGCUCCCGCAUAUUUGAAUGCUGGUAUUCCUCCCAGAGCUACAGCUGCUAGUUUUGUGGGUGAGACGCCGAGCAUGCCUUCCCCGCCAUAUAUGACACCCCCGCUGCGCUCUUUUGGAGAUGCAGGCGUUAGUGGAGCAGGACCCGACCCAUCCGUUUGGUCAGAAGAGCAUCAAAGGCAAUUCCUUCAAGCUCUCAUGAGUGGCGCAGCCAAUUCUCCGCAAUUUCCUCAGCCUCAGAUCUCAGCUGCGGCUUCCAAUGGAACAACUACACCUCCUUCAGGUGACCCUUUCGUUAAUAUCAUGAAUUCGUUGCAACAAAUGGACCCCUCUCGUGGUGGUGCUACCGGAAAAGUACCUGUUCCUCCUGCACCUGCAAAGCCUCUCUCGACCGUGCAGAAGUUCACGCCAUUGCUGCACAUUCUGUGCACAUGGCUUAUUCUUGCCUUUUUUGUUCUUUUCAAAGAACCUCAAAUAUUAGUCGAGCGCAGCGGUGGUUUUUCGGAAAGUGUAUGGAAACGUUGGGCGGAGCUUGCCUGGAGAAGCUCUAGCAUCGAAGGCUGGGGAGUGCAGUUUGUGCCGUUCAUGUGGGCUUUUAUGACUGUGCAAGUUGUGCUUCACUCAAUACGUAUAUCCACGGGCAAUAACCAAGUGCAGCCCCCAGUUUUGUUGGCGCUAGCUCUGCCUCAUUUGCCCCCUCCAUUCCCAUCUAUCAUCACGAAUGGCUUGCGCUAUAUCCGGAUGGGAGGCGCCAUCCUUGAUGAUCUGUCGGCGGUUGUAUUUGGAAUCGGGAUGGUUGUGUUGAUCGCUGGAUGGUUCUCUGGAUGAUUGGUUCAUGU